GGUGGGAGUAUGUGGAUGCAAGUGUUCGAUGCAGUGGCAUAAAUGCAUGUAGUACUGUAAAAUCUAAUAAAGUCCAACAACCUCGAUUAUCAGUCAAAAAGCUCAUACUUCGACCAUCAGUCAGCAAGGUUCAACAACCGAGAGUUCUUAUCUUCAACGUUGCACGAAUCUAACUAUGUUUUGUUGUCGAACAUUUACACGAAAUUGCGACGAUGGGACAAGAAGACUAAGGUGAGGGAGGUGAUGGAUAUGAGAGGGAUGAAGAAGGUUCCGCAGAGUAUGAUGAUUGAGGUAAACAAUGAAAUGCAUAAGUUUGUUGCUGGUGAUAAGUCUCAUGAUCAGUAUAAAGAGAUAUAUGAAAUGGUGGAUGAGAUGGGCAGGGAAAUCAAAAGGGUAGUGUAUGUUCCUACAACAUCUCAAGUGUUGCUUGACAUUGAUGAAGAAGAUAAAGAAGAUGCUUUGUAUAGACAUAGUGAAAAGCUUGCCAUAGCUUUUGCUCUUUUGAACACUCCCCCUGGAACAUCGAUUAGGAUUGUGAAGAACUUGCGCAUUUGUGAGGAUUGUCACUCUGCUACUAAGUUUAUAUCUAAGGUUUAUAAUAGAGAAAUUGUUGUCAGGGACCGCAAUCGCUUCCACCAUUUCAAAAAUGGUUUGUGCUCUUGUAGAGACUUUUGGUAAUGAAAAAUUGAUUAGACCAUCAAAGAUUCUGCAUUCAUUUGCUGGAAACUUCAACCAUUUGUGGAGGGAUUCCAUCAUUUUAAAACAUGUUUGAAAUUAAAUACAGUGUCUUCUACUGAUGUCAAAACAUGGAUCUUGGUUGGUGAUUUCUCCUUCUCACAAUUGAAAAAAAAAAGGCAUGAAAAUAGAAACAGUUGUGGUUGCUGAAUUUUCUGUUAUUUAAACCAGCAAGCACUUUUUUAGAUUUCAUUCUGAAAGCAAGUAUGAGGUAAAUAUCAGGACAAAAUUUUCUACGAAAGUUAAAAAUUAUUUUUAUAGCUUUUAGUGGAAUAGAGAUUAAGAAAUAAAAUCAAGUUUUUGGAUAGAAAAAA